ACCUACCUUUCGGUUAACAACGCCCGAAUUUACGUAGGAGUGGCAGCGAUCUUGCAUAACGGAGGUGGUCUACACCUGCUAGCGGAAAGCCGGAAAUCCUAAUGGUAGGAGAGGUGAUUGAUUCAUCUAAUCACAGGAGUCGGCAUAACGAAAAGUGAUGUGGUUGUGCGCUUCUGGACGGCGUAUUAAAAAAUGCUACGGUGAAUUGACAGGGAAGAGUUUUCAACAACAUGAUGCUGUUCAAAAAAAUGUUAAGCUCGACUUAGUAGCGACACUACAGGUCGCCAGAAAGUAUGAUGUGCAUAGUGUAUUUAUUAUUCAUUAAAUGUCAGAAGUAGUAGGAAGACUGUGCUGAUCAUUAAUAUCAAGAGUCACAAUGGAUGAAUGGACUUUAAAUGAUUUGCUGGAAUGCUCAGUGUGCUUAGAAAGAUUGGAUACAACAAGCAAAGUGUUACCAUGUCAACACACUUUUUGCAAGAAAUGUUUGGAAGAAAUUCUAAAUCGGCAUAAAGAAUUACGAUGUCCAGAAUGUCGUAUAUUAGUGGAUGUUAAGAUUGAAGAUUUACCACCAAAUGUGUUACUCAUGAGAAUUUUAGAAGGCAUGCGAAAUGCAGCACCAAAGAAAAGGAACACUGCUGCCAUUAGGAUGCAGGGAGGAAAUUAUCCUCAAACUCCAAUACACCAGACACCCUCGGUGCAGUACCAGAUGACAUCACAGGCAACUACUAUUACUACUACCGAAAAUAUUACUGUGUCUCAUGCAAUACCCAAACAGCAGUUGCUACCAAAUUUGUCUUACGCAAAAGCUUUAUACGAUUAUCGCUCACAGGAGAAAGGGGAUCUGAAUUUUAAAAAGGGUGAUAUAAUAAUACUACGAAAAAGAAUUGAUAGCAAUUGGUACUUUGGUGAGAAUGGUGGGUGUACCGGUGUUUUCCCAUUAAGUUAUGUUCAGGUGAUCACACCUCUGUGUUCAACGCAGCCACAGUGCAAAGCACUUUACGAUUUUGAUGAAGAGGGCUGUUUGUCUUUCAUUAAGGGUGAAAUUAUUACUGUUAUACGCCGUGUUGACGAGAAUUGGGCAGAGGGAAAACUUGGUGAAAGGAUUGGAAUCUUCCCUUUGGCUUUUGUAGAUCUGAAUCCAGUUGCACGUUCUCUAAUGAAGCUGUCUACAAAUUCACAGCCUGGGCCUUCACGGGUAGCACCACCAACACCGACUUCGGAGGACACUGCGCCACUCAUUCCGACAGACCACACUCGCAGUGUCGGAGCUGUGCCAGUUCCCACUUGCCGUUCACCUGCUGCUACUGCAACUGGGCCACCGCCUCAUGUUCACACCCGCAGUCGAGCUGCAGUAGCAUCCGAUUCGAGCUCCACACAGUCUUCGCCGUCAUCUGCCACUACUCCCAAUACUUCAUCGGGAAGCACGUCGUCGGGUUCAGGAUCUGGAACAGAACCCUCAUCACCAGCAUCUCCACCUCUGGCACGACCUCCACCUGAUCCAACGUUGCCUUCACCACCACAAGCAUUAGGAUCUGGUACAGCUGCACCACCACCUAGACCGACGCCGUCUGUGCAGCAGCGAGAUAAAAGGCAUAGCUUUAGCGCUGUUCAUACAGGACACCAUCAUCAAACAUCCCAUAGGUUAUCUGCCGAAAUUCUCAGCCCAUCAGAAACAUCCUGUCAGGAGCCCUCAUCCUCAGACCAGACAUUGCAGGUACCUCCACACAGCACCAGCACUAGUAAUAGCAGCACUGUUGGCGAUGGCAUAGGUGUACAGAGGCAGGGCAGCCAGAGACACCGCCGCUCAGGAAGCAGCGACCUGACAAGUGUACCUCCGCUGCCCCCGCCACAGGGUCUGCACUCCAUGCCAGGAACCUCUGCACACCUGCCUGCAGCGUAUAUUGCACUAUACCCAUAUAAGCCACAAAAAGCGGACGAGUUGGAAUUGCGUAAAGGUGCUAUUUAUAUGGUAACAGAAAGGUGCCAGGAUGGAUGGUUCAAGGGAACAUCAAAUAGAACUCAAAAGUCAGGAGUUUUUCCAGGAAAUUACGUUGCACCUGCUAAUAAAGCACUACCUAGUCUGCACAACCAGCUGCGCUGUGCGGUCCGUGUUGCUUCUGGCACGGGCAGUAGCUCCCCACGAGCAAAUGGAACUCCACCCUUGGAACCUCGAAGUUACACUCGUUCCAGGCAAGGACCUGCCACCCUGCCCUAUAGUCCUAAGCAGCAGUCACAUGGACCUGCACUAGACUUAUUGACUGGCACAAAUAGUGCUCUCCACCCGCCUGAGCUGCCACCACGAUCGACAAGCCCAGGGCAUCGUGCGAGCAGCUCGAGUGUGGUCGCUUCGUGGCUGACACCUGCGAGUGCUGCUGACACAACGGCAUCCAGUGCUGGAAGUGGCAACAGUGCUAACUCCAUCAUCUCAUCAGUUACAUCAGCUGCUCACGGUGCUCCCGACGUAACUGCAGUGACGGGCACACCUGUACGCUUUGCUCAUGUUUCAUCAGCAGCAGCCUCGAGAGAUAAGGCAAAAGAGAAAAAAGAGAAAGGUGUUGGUUUAAUGCGUCGUCUGACUAGCAUGAAAAAGUCAAAAUCACCACCACCAACUACAUAUUCAAUGGAUAACCCUGUGUUUGAAGAUGGUACAGUGGCAGCAAGUCCGUCACAUCCGGUUCACGUCAGGUCGGGAUCCUGCCCCAGCCAGCUUCUCCAAGUUCUGCCCUUAGAUGCUAACAGUGCACACCACCGCCUGUUCUGUUCCGGCUCCCAGAGAAUGAAACACAAAGACCGACCCAAUAUAGUCGUGGCUAACCUAUCGCAUUAUGGAAGGGUGAGUGAUCCUGGAACAUCUAGUGGAGGUGGCAGCAGUGCUGCCCAGCAUCGCAAAUCCAACUCGCUUGACGCUGACAGUUGCGAUCUCAGCAGGAAAAAUAAACAGUUAAUGCCACCUGUUAGAGAAAGAUUCCGCUGUAUUGUGCCUUAUCCUCCGAACAGUGAAUUUGAACUGGAGUUACAAGUGGGUGACAUAAUUUAUGUCCACAAGAAAAGAGAUGAUGGAUGGUACAAAGGCACCCAGCAACGUACAGGGCGAACUGGCCUCUUUCCUGCAAGCUUUGUCGAGAGCUUCUGAGAACCCCCUUCGUGCGUGCUAGAGACGUGUGUGUAAAGCAUAUAAGGAAGUGUGUGUAUUCAGACAGUGAAAGAUCUGCUGAAUUUUAUCAGGGCAGUACGACAAUUUGCUUUGCCUUUGAUUGAGUUUACUUACAUGUGCCCAUUCUUCCAUAAGUGUUACGUUUUUUCUAAUUUUUUUCUUUGUACUUUUUUAUUUAUUCGUCGAAAGCACGCACAGGGGAUGUUACGGUGUGUCAUAUUGUGAGAUUUUCACAGACUCUUAGUUAAAUAGAAGUAAUGACGCACAAUGUUAUUUUUAUAGAUGUGUUCACAUUUGUGUGGUGCGGAAAGUGACUACCUCUGAAUAAGAGACUUGCCUUUUAUGUUUGAAUGUACUCAUUCUAAGGAGACGGAAUGGGUGGCCAGUACUUAACAUCAGGAAGUGAGAUUCCAGGUACUGCUGAUAGAAACACUUAAAAGUAGAAGAAAACUAUUCCUAGCUUUUGGAACUUGUAUGUUUCUUCCUCAGGGAGGAGAGGAUUGGGGGAGGUUGGAAAAAGGAAGAAUUCACUCAAACCCCAAAUUGAGAGGGACCCAUCAGGCUACUUUCAUGCUAAAUGUUAUUCAAACAUUGCUCUAGCAAUGAAAAUUUGAUUUCUAGAGGCAUAGUGAAAGAUUAAACUACACAGACCUCUCAAGAGACAGUAAAAGUUGUUCCACAACUUCAAUAUUAUAUAAUAUAGUUACUCAAUCUUUCAUGUUUGGUAACAUGUGUUAUCAAUCAUUUGUACCUUCUGUGAUAAAUUAGUUACGGAUAUCCAUUUCUGCUAGUACUGUACAGAUAACUGGGCAUUAUUUUCACAUUUAUUUUGGCAUAUUUUUCAGAUGCCCUUAUAAUUAUAAGAAUGAAAGGAAAGAACUAAUUUUCCCUUGGACUGAACACAUAAU